GGGCCUUAGAAAGUUUACCUCUACCGCCCGACGACAUUCUCAGAUCAAAGACUACAAAGUUAGAGAGAGAAGCGGAGAGUUAGAGAGAGAAAGUACCUGAGCCGGAUGAAGAGUGGAGAAAACGAGAAGGAAGAGGGGUAUUUAUAGAGAGAGGAGCACAUCGCACCCCGAGGCGCCAUCAUUAGACCUAGAUGGGCCUAGAGUCGGCCAUUAAGGCGCGUGGAGCUCACCAAACGUCGCGACUUUUCAGCUUCUCGAGGAGAACCGAAAUCGGUUCAAAUCAAAACCGGAACUGACCACCGGUUUAAAUAAAAAAAAAAUCAUCAUCAAAAUCAAAUCAGUCAGAUCCUCGAACGCGAGCAUACAAAGUCCACUGCACAGUCGAGGAGUCGAUUGGAUAGUCGAGGAGUCGAUUGAAAUCACAAAUUUGAGAUAAUUGUCUCGCAAACCCUACUAUCAAAUUCGCUGAGUCGGCUACGCUACUCACCAGCGAACUGGGGGGACUUACUGUUGGGUAUGGGCCUAGCCCUCCCAAAAGGCCCGCAAGACAAUUACCCAGACACAUGAUUACAGCAAAGAAGAUCGGCUCGUCGACUUGAAAGCCGGUGUUCGGCUCGGCUCCAUACUACUUUUGGUCGAUGAGAUGAUUGACUGAACAUCAUCGGCUCGCCGACCUGACACAACGGCCCGAUGAGUCGGCCCAAUUACUAAAGGAGGCCCAUUGAGACAAGACACAUUAGGUCAACGAGCGUUCACCUAUAAAAGGAGGAGACAAGGCAACAAGGAGGGGAUCCGCAAAUUACUACACUCACUUUCAGAUAGAAUUAGGGUUUUACAUCUUACAUCUCGCCGACUUGUACGGUCCGACGAAUUUGUCUUCGCCGGACUUUUUCCUCUGUUCUCUUCCCCUUUUGUAACUCUGUUUCGACUCACUGAUCUAAUAAAACACGUCUUUGUCUUGACCCACCGACGAGAACUCGUCCCUUCUCUUUAUUAGUUUAUUGACAGUCUCAGUUUAAACAACUAUCCCAUUCUCUAUUUGACCGUAUCAAUCAAGAAGCGAAGUCAUACUUUUCUUCUAGCAGGAUUGACUUUUCUUAUGCAAUUUCUUGUAUCCUUCAUAAGCAAAUAGUUUACGUGGUAAGGGAAUAUAUAUUUGUCAAAGUCCAUGACAAUUUGGGGGUGUAUAAAAGGGCUUUUACAUCGCAUAUAUUUUGCAUCAGUAUUCAUAAACAUUUGAAAGCAUAAGAUUGAUACAUUUCGCAUUGACAUAUAUCAAACAUCUCUCUGAUUGUGUUUGCUAUUCUAGAGCACGAUGUGUUGUCGAAUAUUAUGUUGUUGCUUCUGCCGCAAGAAGAAAAAGCCAAGAGAUGUGAAAAAGGGCAAAAAAGAAAAGAAAGAUGGAGGACUUGUUGUUGUGAAGCCGACUAAGCCUAAGAAACGUCGCAAUGAACCAGUAGAUGUAAGUGGAUGCGCAGACCUAUGCUGCUGCUUUGGCGGAGAUGGCGGAGGUGGAGAUGGAGGAGGUGGAGACGGCGGCGGUGGAGAUGGUGGAGGUGGUGGUGGAUGUGGAGGCGGCGGUGGAGGUUGCGGAGGUGGAGGUGGAGGCGGUUAAUAGAUGAGAAUUCGGCAACUCUUUGUAAUGAUAAAUUCUUGUGUUUGUGGUUUAUUUAUUUUAUUAUAUGUAAUGUAAAAUUUAUUUUAACGUAAUGUAACAUAAUAUAUAAGGCAUCAUGUAUUUAUUUUUCUUAUAUGAAACUUUACUUUAUAA